CUCAAAGCCUUUCAUAUUGCCGAUAAAACUUUAGCUACAGCAACAGCAACAAAAUCCAGAAAAUAUAUAUUUGGAUGACUUUGCUGUGAAGUGGGAACACCACCACCACCCCACCUCCUACUCCUUUCUUUUUCCUUCUAUUCCUGCAAAUCUGUACCUCCAUAACAGUAAACAAUUCAAUAUCCUCUCUCUCUCUCUCCCUCCUCUGUUUCUCUCUCUACUCAUCUCCAUCCACAUCUCUCAACCUACCACUCAAUCUCCCCUUUUCUCUCCUCCUACUCUCUCUCUCUCUCUCUCUCUCUCUCUCUCUCUCUCUCUAAACUCGUCCCAUCCUUGAGUUAACAUCAAAGACAGUUAUUAUAAGAAAGGAGAAAAAUCAUGAAAAGUGAUGACAGUCACGUCUCACCCGCCUCCUCCAGAACCUUUCCUUGAAUCCAACUCCAACUCCAAACAUUUCACAAUCCAAUUAUGGGUCUUCCCAGAGUCUCAGAUUUAGUCAAAAACCCCAAUUAAUUAACCCUCAAUCAUCACCAAAAGACUACUUCUUUUUCCUCCAAAACAUGACCGAGGUCCUCCAAACGCCGUCCCCAUCUCACUUCCCUUCCUCUUCAAGCUCCUCCACUCCAUGUGCUACUGCUUCACCUACACCCAAUGACUCACCAUACCCACAUGCCUUUUUAGAGGACACCCUCCAUGGGUAUUUGGCUUCGGGGGAAGAAGAAGACGACGAAAGCGAAGACGAAGAGGAAGAAGAGAGGAAUAGGAAGGAGAGGGACAGAGAGGGGGAUCAACUUUCGCUUCUGACCCUUUUGGUCACUGCUUUCAGGAGGUCUUUGAUUGGUUGCAGUAGUACUAAUAGUGCAAGAGGGAAGCUUUCUUCCAUGGAGAUUGGGUGGCCUUCGAAUGUCAGGCAUGUUGCCCAUGUCACCUUUGAUCGAUUCAAUGGGUUUCUUGGUUUGCCUGUUGAGCUUGAACCUGAGGUCCCCAGGAGGGCUCCAAGUGCCAGCGCAAAUGUUUUUGGGGUCUCAACGGAGUCUAUGCAGCUUUCAUUUGAUGCCAGAGGGAACAGUGUCCCAACAAUACUCAUUUUGAUGCAAAGACAUUUGUAUGCACAAGGGGGUCUGCAGGCUGAAGGAAUCUUCAGAAUUAAUGGUGAGAACAGUCAAGAGGAGUACGUCAGGGACCAAUUAAAUCGAGGAGUGAUACCAGAGGGCAUUGACGUGCACUGUUUGGCCGGUCUUAUUAAGGCUUGGUUCCGAGAACUUCCAACUGCUGUGUUAGACUCUCUAACACCAGAGCAGGUAAUGCAGUCCCAGUCGGAAGAAGAGUGUGCCGAACUUGUUAGGCUCCUACCUCCAACAGAAGCUGCAUUAUUGGAUUGGGCAGUAAACCUAAUGGCUGAUGUUGCACAAAUGGAACACUUCAACAAGAUGAAUGCGCGCAAUAUUGCCAUGGUGUUUGCACCAAACAUGACUCACAUGGUAGAUCCUUUGACUGCAUUGAUGUAUGCCGUCCAAGUGAUGAAUUUCCUCAAGACUCUUAUUGUCAAGACACUAAAAGAACGAGAAGAAUCUUUGGUGGAAACAGCCCCUGUACCCCGCCUAGAGCCUUCUGACGAGGAUGAGCACCAAAGCACUCUUCAACCAUAUCACAAAGAGGCCAAAGAGGAGGCUAACGAGGAAAAUGAAGAGGAGGGCGUAUUUGUUGGCGAAGAACCUGAUUCAGAGAGCCCCCUUCAUUCUACACAAAAUGAUCCCACAAGGGCAACAACAGAAAGUGGAUCUCAAACUUUCCUAUCUUCCAUCAAGAAUAUCAUUCCAGGAGGAAACUGGUUUCUGGCAGAUAAUUGUCCUUGUGAGGUUGUAUCCCAAGUUAGCCCUUUGGCAAACAGGACCCAAGAAGAUGGUGUAACGAGUUCAGGUAGAGAGGCUCAACCAAACAUUUGGAAGAGCAAAAGUGGUCAAUCAAGCGGUCCGAGUCUGAAAAAGGGCCCCAAGAAGGUAAACGAGCAGCUGCUGAUUCAAACUGCUGUGACGGCUGACAAGAGCAAAAGAAGUGGAAUUCUUAGCCACAUAAAUUCGAGGACAGAGCUGGCUGAAGGUUGGCGUUGAAGAGUGUUUCGGAGGUGUUUCCGGUGUUAGGGAGAUUUGGCUUUACGUUUGUGUUUCCUCUGUGGAAAUGAUGUGUAUGUCCGUGUCUGUAUGAUGUAAUGUGUAUGUUUACAUUUGUUUGUGGAUGAAGCUUCUUAACCUUUUGUCCCAUGUACACAUUUCCCUAACCCGAUCUAACAUUUUCUGCAUUUUCAA